GGCCCAGCCUGUGCCGGAGCUGGGGACCGCAGGCACGUCCAGAUCUGCCCGUUAGAGCUGACGAUUGCCCAACGCAGCCCAGGGGCUGAGUCAGGGCUGGGCGCUGGCUGCGCCGGGAAGGGCGGCGGCUGCGGGGUGACGCUCAUCACCACCCCGGCUCCUGCUCUGCCACAUCGCACCGCGACCCCGCCGAGGACCGAGAGCCCUCCUCGCACCCCCAGCCAUGCCCACGGAGACCGAACGCUGCAUCGAGUCCCUGCUGGCCGUCUUCCAGCGGUACGCGGGGCGCGAAGGGGACAGCUGCACGCUCUCCAAGAGGGAGUUCCUGGCCUUCAUGAACAGCGAGCUGGCCGCCUUCACGAAGAAUCAGAAGGACCCAGGCGUCGUGGACAGGAUGAUGAAGAAGCUCGAUUUGAAUAGCGACGGGCAGCUAGACUUCCAGGAGUUCCUGAACCUCAUCGGGGGCAUUGCGGUCGCCUGCCACAACAGCCUGGUGGUUAAAGCCCCUGGCCCCUAGCCCUGCCUGCCGUGUCUCCCCCACCACUGUGAACAUCCCUCAGACGAGACCAAUGGAAAGCUGGAAGCAGUGCCCUUAAGAUGGGGGCAUCCCCAUUCCUCAUUUUUACGUAGAAAAUAAAAGGUUUGAAAUCCUA